AACCUCUCAAGCUCAGCCAAGCCUCUAGACACAGAAAUGUCCGUCGUCCUGCUCUUAGCUUAUACACUAGCAAAUAUGAUGCCAACCCAUGCAAUAGAUGACAUCCAUCCUGCAAAGGUAUUUAUGAAGGAAAUUUCAACAGUAGGAGGUGAAGUAGAAGUAAUUUGCAGCACCUAUGGAUUUAGGAAAGACCCGUCAGAGUCGGUGUACAUAUACCUCUGCAAAAACGGAAUCGGAGUAAGAAGACAAUUGCACAAUAAUUUUUGUGAGAACAAAAUUAUUUUGAAAAAUGUGACAAAACACGACACUGGCAACUACAGCUGUGUGUUUUCCAAGUCUAUGUACAAACCAAGCGAAGUCCAGAGAAAAGGAGAUAACUCUGUCUUUUUCCGGGUCAUCGAUGAUUUCAUCCCAGCAAACAUUGCUGUGAGGGAUGACUCAGUGAGGGAAGGUGAUGAUGUGGUUCUAAGGUGUACCCUUCAAGAUGUGCAGAUGCUGUACAGUAGCACGUCCUUUGCCUACCUCAGUAAAGAUGGAGUUCCCGAACAAUUACAAACAUGGAACACAGAGAAGAAUGAAGCCAAAUUCACCAUUAAGAGCAUCACCAAAGAGAACAAUGGCAACUACAGCUGUGUUCUUUUCAAGUCAGGGUUACUCACCAGCACAUCAAUGAAGUUGUAUGGAAAUAAUACUGUAUUACUCUCUGCUCGUGCCACUUUUAGUGAUGAUUUCAUCCCAGCAAACAUUGCUGUGAGGGAUGACUCAGUGAGGGAAGGUGAUGAUGUGGGUCUAAGGUGUACCCUUCAAGAUGUGCAGAUGCUGUACAGUAGCGCGUCCUUUGCCUACCUCAGUAAAGAUGGAGUUCCCGAACAAUUACAAACAUGGAACACAGAGAAGAAUGAAGCCAAAUUCACCAUUAAGAGCAUCACCAAAGAGAACAAUGGCAACUACAGUUGUGUUCUUUUCAAGUCAGGGUUACUCACCAGCAUGGCAGUGAAGUUGUAUGGAAAUAAUACUGUAUUACUCUCUGCUCGUGCCACUUUUAGUGAGUCCAUUCUAGCAGUUGGACAGGUGGGGAUCAUUUUACUGCUGAUUCUAGUCAUAAUGGUUGGAGUUUGGCGGUAUAGAGUGACUAAGAAAGGGAAAUCCAAAGGUGGCCCUGAAAGGGAACAGGAGGAGGAUAAUAGGAAUAGCACAGAAAUUCAUCACAGUGUACCUGAUCCCGAAGAUGACACGUUUCAGGAGACAGGCAGCCAUACAUAUGAAUCUGCUGAAUUCUCAGAUGAGGAUGAAACCAGCUUUUGUGAUGGUGAGGCUGAAACUAAUGUUUUCAAAAACUGGGUUUACCAUGAAGUAGAGGUGAGUGACUACAUGACUAUAGGCUGGAAUCUGUCAUUACAUGGGGUGUCAGUCUCAUCAUCUAACCGAGAAAAUAUUUUUAGUUAGUGCUAUACAUAGAUUAGAUUCUUUUAAUGAAAAUACCUGGAAGGCUUAUUUGAAUUCUCUACAUCAUUUACAAGAAAUGCUGAAAUGUUUCCACUGCCAAGGCAUUUGUACAGCUAUUUGAUAGUUGGCUACAGUGUAUUAUUACCACUGUUUCCAUUGCAUCUCUUGUUUUAUGUUAUGCUGUGCUCAGAAUAGGACGCGUAGCUCAGGUGUGGAAAGACACCCACUUGCACAGGUUUACAUUUGCAUUACCUUUUUAACCACUUCAAAAUAGUGUACAAGGUUAAUAUACAAAACAGCGUACACUGCUCUGUAGGGUGUAACAGUGUAUUAUUUUGGGUAGGAUGGGGGUGGGUGGUUUCAUAUGCAUGGUUAGGCAGCGAUAAGUACAUCACAGGAAACCCAAGUUGAAGAACAGGGGGGUAGUGGUGUGCAGGGGUGGACUGGCAACAAAAAGCGGGGGGGUCCCACUUGGUGUAUUUUGCCGCCGACCAGCGAUCACCAAUGAAGUAGAGUAUUAUCCAUUCAAGUAGAGUAUUAUCCAAUGAAGUAGAGUAUUAUUCAUUGAAGUAGAGUAUUAUCCAAUGACGUAGGUAUUAUCUAUUAAUCAUCUCCUGUGAUUGACCUGGAAACAUCGAAGGAAGGUUCGACACCCUUUGUAUUCAGGCUCUGUAAUGCCAGGGUUGGUGAAGAAAAAGCGACCCUCACAAGACAAGCUCAGUGAGAAAACUCCCAAACUUCCCGAUGGCCAGUCCGCCCCUGGGUGCAGGAUAAUGUGACAAAUGAGAAGCUAGAACAUUAUAAAAAUUAAGGCAAAAAUAAAUAAUUUAGGCAGCAAAUGUCAUGUUCUCAUAACAAUAGAAUUUCCUGAAUUUAUCAGAUUUCUGGAGUAAUUCUGCCAGCCAAAAAAUUUCUAAAUAUGUAAACAAUUUCAGAAUUAUGUUCAGUGUGUUUUGUAUUACAUUGUAUUUAUUGAAUUAACAUUUUGGAUUAAUUUACCCUCCUUGAUAAGGCAUUUAGCAGUGUUUUGUUUUGUGUAUCAUCUGCAGACAGAGUUACCCACAUACAGCAGAGUACAGAAGAACAAUAUAAACUAAGCAGGACUUGUGUGGAAAGGGUUACAUUCCAAACAAACCCAUGUACUCAUGGGUGCAGCACAUACUAAAUCACAUAAGAUGCUGAGGAACAGAGCGGAGCAAGACCUCAGAACUGAGCUGCAUUCUGUGUAUUCCUAUACAGUGUGGGAACAAAGACAUGUAUUGAAAAUAAAUCAUUUUGUUGUUGGAUGUCUGUAAAUUAUUUUACAUAUUAAAUGUUUGCUUUGGGUAAGCUAGCCAUCACAAAUGAUACGUUUUCCUAUUGUAUGGACAUGACAAAUCCAAAUGCACAAAUUCAUUAUUUCCAACCCCAGCCUCACUGUAGCUGUUUAUUGACAAAAGAGGAGGGUUUAAUCCAGGAGUCAUGGGCCAGGAAUGCACUGAACUGUGCUCAUGGCUGCCUAUUGUUAAGCUACUAUCUGUAAGGAAAUUCUGCAAAAUAUUAGGCUCCUUGUUUUCAGGGCAGACUCAUACAGUACAUUUAACAACAACAUGUUUUUUUCUUUUUUCUUCUUUUUAGGAAAGCGUAGGCUAAAAAGUAAAGCAGUGUUGUGGUUUGUUGGUAAAGUGGAAAUUGGCGACAGGCUUGCUGUUGAGGUCAGG